AUGUCCGGCGAGAAGACGAAUUUAUCCGGUUCGAAUGCAUGGAGAAACAAGGACUACGAACGACAUCGUCUGAAAGUGAUGAAAGCUACCUGCGCGAUAGAUGUGAAUCCACCAAAAGGUAGGCCGCACGUUUCUUUAAACGCGAAGGGGUUGCAAUUGGAACGGGAGAAGCAGGAUCGUAUAUUCAGGGAGAAUUUCAUCCUUCUGAAGAAGCUGUGCGACAUCAUGCACCGAAAACGACCCACGCAGGAGAGUCAAAGACUGAAAUGGGACGUAUCUAGAUGCAUUAGAACUCGUUAA